UUGACGCUGUGUGUGUUACAGUAUGACUCGUCAUGCGUGUGAGGACGGCCCAGUCUUGGAGGAACAGGAGACAGAGGGACAGAGACAGCUCCACAGUCUCCUCCUACAGCAGUUAGACACAGACGUCAACAUAGACAGAUGUGUUGCCAAGAGGAAGUGUUUUGCCCCUGCUGCGCUGUACAAGCCAUUUGGGGAGCAGGCUGCCGGGGUGAGGAGUCUAUCCCAGUUCCGGGCUUUACAGGACGGGGAGAGUGAGCUGGCCAGUCUCAGGGAGCUGGGGCUCACAGACCUGGAGGUAGAACUGUGGCUCAACAGAGACCAGCCAGAGAACACUGAGAAGGGUCAUGGGGUGUGUGUGGCCCCCGGGGUGCGGCAGCAGCGUCUUCUGGUGAUCCAGGACAAGAUGGAUGCCAGGUCAGAGCUCAUUUCCCGCCCACAGCGCUUCUCUGCCAGCCUACCCCUGUCCCGCAGAGAGAUGGAGAUAGAGAAGGCCCUGUUCCAGGGCAAUGACCGCCUAGGCUUCCUCACUGCACUCUAUCAUCAAGAGGAAGAUACCCAAGCUGACCAGCAGGGGGCAUCUUCCUCAAACCCCCUGGACUCCCUGUACAGAGAUGUCCUAAGUGAUAGGCGACAACACACGUCUGUAUCAGAGGACUCUGAGCUGAAAACCACAGGACACUCAUCUCUACCUCAGCCUGAACCACAAACUGACUUUGAGAAAUCACAGAGCUCAUGGAAAAGCACUGACCAAUCACAAGUCCAGCUUGACUGUAGAUCUGAUCCAUUGAGAAGUGGGAUCAAGGACUCUGACCAAUCAACUACAAUGGACACUUCUGGCCAAUCACAAGAUCAGGACAGAUCUGUACACAAGCAAUUGUCAGCUCCAAAGAAGAUAAAUGUGAGCCAGCCAAUUGGGAGUCUGUGUAGUGUGGCAACGGCGGGGCCUGGGGGUCCGGUGAUGGUGCGGGGCGAGGUAGAAGAGAUUCCAGAGGAAGAGAUUCAGCAGAACCGCGAAACAGAGGAAGGGAUCCGGAACAUACCACGAUUCCACAACUACCAGCCAGGGAAACCAUCAAAGGUGCUGUGUGUGAAGAACCUGAGUGCCCGUGCCUCUGUGGCCCAGCUGGUGGCGCUAUUCUCCAGGUUUGAUUGUGACAUCACCCAGCCUGUUGUCUACCGCCUACUCACUGGCAGACUGAAGGGACACGCCUUCAUCACACUAUCAGACACCGAAACGUCCCAGAGAGCCUUGGAGAUGGUGAACGGGUACCGGUUGCUCGGGAAACCUUUGGUGAUCGAGUUUGGCCUAGAGCGGAGGGAUGAGAAGAAACCAAAAACGGAACGGGAAGAGGAGAAAACGAGAGAAUGUAGUGUACCAUCUCUACCUAACCCCAGUACUACAGACACUAAAUACUACAACAGGACUUCAACACACAAAUAAGAGAGAGAAACAGACCGACCACAUACAUACAUAGGGCGGCAGUGUAGCCUAGUGGUUAGAGCAUUGGACUAGUAACCGAGAGGUUAGAGGUUGCAAGUUCAAAUCCCCGAGCUGACAAGGUACAAAAUCUGUCGUUCUGCCCCUGAACAGGCAGUUAACCCACUGUUCCUAGGCCGUCAUUGAAAAUAAGAAUUUGUUCUUAACUGACUUGCCUAGUAAAAAUAAAAAAUGUGGUCAAAGGAGGAGAGUGACUCUUCAAUGACUGAGGUUUGACAUUUCUGCUCCUUGUACCAUUUGUUGUGUGAAGGUCAAUAAACGUGGAUUAAUUUGUA